AUGAGGGGUGCAUUCCUGGCCACUGCGGCUGCCAUCGCCGGCACCGCUAUGGCUGAUAUCGCUCACAUGCGUCGUCACGGCCACGAUUCGUUCCACCAGCGCCGUGCUGUCGAGCAGCCUGCUCCUGAGGCUGAUGCCACCUGCGGCUGCACCACCGAGGUCGUCACCUCCUGGGGUCCUCCCACCUUGAUCCCCAUUGCUACUUCUUCCCCCAGCAGCACUGUCACCUCGGAGGUCGUCACCACUCUCCACUCGACCAGCUACAGCACCGUGACUCUGGUGGUCACACCCUCCGGCGCUUCUCCUAACAGGGAGUCCGCUCCCGCUACCCCUGCGGUCACUCUCCCUACCCCCGGUGUCACCAGCUUCUCCACCACUGGUACCUACACCAUUCCGGCCACCACCCUGACCGUCACCCACUCGACGACCGUCUGUGGCGCGACCACCACGGAGCUGCCCAGCGGCACCCACACCUAUGGUGGUGUCACCACCGUGGUUGAUCGUCAUACCACCGUCGUCUGCCCCUACGCCACCGUCGAGCCCUCUGGCAGCACCGUGACCAGCGUGAUCCGCACCACCACCUAUGUCUGCCCCAGUGCUGGUACCUACACCAUUGCUCCCACCACCACCUACGUCCCUACCAGCACCGUCAUUGUCUACCCCACUCCCGCCACCAUCACCCCUGGUACCUACACCCAGCCUGCGCAGACCAUCACCGUGACCCGUGACAACUACAUCUAUGUCUGCCCCUUCACUGGCCAACAGCUGCCUACUACCGCUCCCGUUGCCCCCGCCACCACCGCUGUUCCUGCCACUACUACCGCUGUCCCUGCCACUACCACUGCUGUGCCCGCCACCAGCUCCGUUGCCCCCUCGAGCAGCCCUAGCAAGCCCGCCGCUCCUUCCGGUGCCGUCAGCGGCCAGAUGGGUAUGACCUACUCUCCCUACACCAACGAGGGUGGUUGCAAGGACAAGGCCUCCAUUAUUUCCGAGGUCGCUCUCCUGAAGUCGAAGGGAUUCACUCACGUGCGUGUCUACUCGACCGACUGCGGCAGCCUGGAGUUCAUUGGUGAGGCCGCCAGAACCUCUGGUCUGCGGAUGAUCAUUGGUGUCUUCAUCAAACAAAGCGGUGUUGCCGGUGCUCAGGACCAGGUUACCGCCAUCUCCAAGUGGGCUCAGUGGGAUCUGGUCAGCCUGAUCGUUGUCGGUAACGAGUCUAUCCAGAACCACUUUUGCGAUGCUUCCACUCUGGCCGGUUUCAUUGUCUCCGCCAAGCAGAGCUUCAAGGCCGCCGGCUACUCUGGCCAGGUGACUACCACCGAGCCCAUCAACGUCUGGCAGGCUAACGGCGAUGCCCUCUGCGGCGCUGUCGAUAUCAUCGGUGCCAAUAUCCACCCCUUCUUCAAUGCCGACGUCUCCGCCGCCGAGGCUGGAAAGUUCGUUGCCCAGGAGUUUAAGACCCUCAAGGGCAUCUGCCCCGGCAAGGAUGUUAUCAACCUGGAGACCGGCUGGCCCCACAGUGGUGAGGCCAACGGCAAGGCCAUCCCCAGCCGUGAGGAGCAGGCGAUCGCCAUCAAGGCUAUUGCUGAUGAGGUCGGCUCUAUGUCCGUCUUCUUCUCCUACUUCGAUGACUUGUGGAAGCAGCCCGGAGCUUUCGGUGUUGAGCGCUACUGGGGUUGCAUUGAGAACUUCUAA